UAAGUCCUCAACUGAUUCCCGGCUAAUUUUUUCUUGUAAUCUAGAACUAUUUUUAGGGUUUUAAUUUGAGGUAAAUUCAUUCAUCACUAUAGGUGUUACAAUGCCACCAAAACAAUUGUCUGGUGAUGCGAAAAAAAGGAAGAGAAAGCAAGAUGAAAAGAUUAGGGAAUCGCAAAGAGGCGAUUUGAAUAAGUAUUUUCCAGUUAAAAGUAAUAUUGAUGUCAACAACAAUAAUCAGAGGCCAAUAUCUGAUCUGGGACAAGCUGAUGAGGAUAAUACAUAUGGAGAUAUUGAGGUCCAUGAACAGUCCUCAAAUAAUAAUGAUUAUGAUAAUGUUAAUGAGGACAAUAUGGAGGAAGAAAAUUUGCAGCCUUCAUCUAAUCCUAAUGGUGAUGAUCAAGAUGAUUCUCUUUUAUCUAUGUAUGAUCCAAGAACAUGGGAUAAUCUUGACAACUCCAAACGGGAUAUAUUGAUUGAAAAGGGGCCUCUCAGAGAACCGAAUCUACAAUUCCGUUCUCCAAGUAACAUUGCCAGAUGAUUUAUCAGCGCUUGAGAUUCUUCAGUUCGUUACAACUGCUGAUUGCUAUCCAAAUGUGUCAGUUGCAUAUCGCAUCCUCUUGACUAUACCUGUGACUGUAGCCUCAGCUAAACGAAGUUUCUCUAAACUGAAGCUACUAAAAAAUUGUUUGAGGUCAACUAUGUUACAAGAUAGAUUGAAUGGCUUGGCUACAUGUUGUAUUGAGAAGGAUAUCUUGGAAAGGAUUGAUCUUGAAACAAUUGUCAAUGAUUUUGCAUCGAGGAAUGCGCGGAGAAGCUUUUUGGAGAAGCAUUGAAGCAUAAUUGUCGAAGUACUCAUGGUAAUUUGGUCUUUAUUUGAGGUAAUGAAACUAGUGCAAAAUACAUUUUAUAUUUUGCUGCCAUUUUAUAAUUAUUUUUACUGUAAUAUGCGUACAAACUGAGAGUUUAUAUAUAUCUAAUUAUACUACAUAUCGUUUUGAAAGGGCCCU